UGGUUGUCCCGUCGGGACAACUAUUAGCCAUUGUCCCGACACGUUGUCUCAACUGUUCACACGGGGACAAUAGAGGGACAACAGUAGAGAGACAACGUUUGCGCGCAAUAAAAAGCCUCGUGUGAACCCACCUUAAGAGCGUCACGUGGCGGGUUUGUUUGAAUUGUGUUGCUGAAAUUUAUACUUAGCUCAUUUGGAAAGAUGGCAGAAGAAAGUUCUUAUUGUUACUUCUUUGAAGAUGAGUAUUCAGAGAGUGAAGAUGACGAAGGAAUACUUUCUUUUGAAAAGAUUCCCCGGCAUAUAUGUCGGAUAAUCAAAGAAAAUGCUCAUGAUCCUCAAACAAUUGAGGAUAUGUCUGAAAGUGAGGAAGAAGAUGAGAAUCUUCCUCCUACAAAGGUGAUUAUUCGUCAUCUACCUCCUGAGAUGACUGGAAAAAUUUUUUUCCAACUUGUGUCUCCUUUGCCUGCCCACGAUUACAAAUAUUUUGUAGAGGCAAGCAAGGAGCACAAUCAAAAUAUGUAUGCUACAGCAUACAUUAACUUUGCUAACAAUGAGGAUGCAGCAUUGUUUUUGAAACAAUAUGACGGUCACAUCUUCCAAUAUGGAAAAGGGGCAAAGUGUAAAGCUAUUGUUGAGUUUGCUCCUUUUGCAAAAAUUCCAAAAGGACCUUCUUCAAAAGAUCGUAUUUGUGGAUCAAUUGACGAUGAUCCUGAUUACCUGGAAUUCUUGGAAAGCCUGAAGAGGAAAAAUGCAGAAGCCUCUAAAGAUGAUGAAGUUGAGUCAGCUGCAUCAAAAGCUUUUGAUCCUUUAGUUCAUUAUAUAAACACACAAAGAACUGAAUGCAGUGCUAGAGGUAUAUAUAAACGUCCACCAAAAUAUUAUCGAAAGUGGCAGCCAAGGUACUGAUCAAUGGUGGGUUACGGGGACACAUUACAUUACUAAUGUUUUUGAAAUUUUAAUGAAAAUAUUUUGAUUUUAUAUUUUAACAUUAAAUAGAAUCAGAACAUUAAAAGAAAAAGUUAUUUUGAUCCAUCUCUUA